GGAUGAAUUUUACUACAUCUAGCCAGCUGACUUUGCACCAGAGAACACACACAGGAGAUAAGCCGUAUAGCUGUAAUCAAUGUGGGAAGAGUUUUGCUGCCUCACGCAGCAUGACAGCACACCUGAGAAUACACACUGGCGAGAAACCUCACUGUUGCUCUGACUGUGAGAAGAGAUUCACCUCUUCAGCAGACCUUAAAAUACAUCAGAGAAGCCAUACAGGAGAGAAGCCUUAUAGCUGCUCUGACUGUGGGAAGAGCUUUUCAAAAUCAUCUAUAUUACAAUCACACCAGAGAAUUCACACCGGAGAGAAACCUUAUAGCUGCUCUGACUGUGGGAAGAGCUUUUCAAAAUCAUCUACAUUACAAUUACACCAGAGAAUUCACACUGGAGAGAAACCUUAUAGCUGUUAUCAAUGUGGGAAGAGCUUUACUCACUCAAACAGCUUGAUAGUACACCAGAGAACACACAGAGGAGAGAAACCUUACCACUGCUCCGACUGUGGAAAGAGAUUUGUUUCGUCAGGACAUUUAAAAUCACAUCAGAGAACACACACAGGAGAGAAGCCUUAUAGCUGUGAUCAAUGUGGGAAGAGAUUUACUCACUCAAACAGCUUGAUAGUACACCAGAGAACACACACAGGAGAGAAGCCUUAUAGCUGUGAUCAAUGUGGGAAGAGCUUUACUCACUCAAACAGCUUGAUAGUACACCAGAGAACACACACAGGAGAGAAACCUUAUAGCUGUACUCAAUGUGGGAAGAGUUUUAUUAAGUCUAACAGUCUGACUAGACACCAGAGAACGCACACAGGAGAGAAACCUUAUAGCUGUGCUCAAUGUGGGAAGUGUUUUACUACAUCUAGCCAUCUGUCUAUGCACCAGAGAACACACACAGGACAGAAUCCUCAUAGUUGAAAUCAAUGUGGGAAGAAUUUUACUCUGAUAUACACACAGGAAAUAAAUAAUGUAGCUGUGAUCAAUGUGUGAAGAGCUACUCUGGUAAAAUAUAUCUGAUCAAACAUCAGAAUAUACAGGAAGGAGUUGUUUCAUGAUGUCAAUGAAAUAAUGUCACAAUGUAGAAUGUUUUAACAUUGUAGUAGGAGUAUUU